CAAAGAAAACAAAAUGGUGGUUCUUAGGGCACAAGUGAUUUUUGCAGGUGACCCAUGUGUGGGUAAGAGCGCCCUAACACAAGCAUUUCAUAGUGAUGGUACACACUUUCCCAAAAAUUAUACAAUGACAGCUGGGGUGGAAGUGUGCAUUAAGUCUGUUAACAUCCCAGAGACUUCUGACAGUGUGGAACUCUACAUUUAUGACUCUGCAGGGAAGGAAAUGUUUGCUGACAUAGUGCUACAACAUUGGACACAGCCAGACAUGUUUCUUGUGGGCUAUGACGUGACCAAUGAGCAGUCAUUCAAUGCCUGUAACAAGUGGUAUGAGAGAUGCCGAGCAAAAAAAGCAAAUCAAAAUUUGCCAGGUGCCCUGGUUGCCAUCAAAACAGACCUGAAACAAAGACGGGUGAUAGUAACAAAACAAGGGAGAGAUCUUGCCAGUUCGAAAGGGCUUGAAUACUUUGAGUGCUCUGCUAAAGACCAUGAGAAUGUGGAAGCCCCAUUUUACUACUUGGCCAAAGAGUUUCACAAUCUUUACAUAGAAAAAGUUGAACAGAUGAAGACAUUGACGUAAAACUUUUCUUUUAGUUGUGAGCUUUUCUCAAUAAGAGAGAGGGUCAAUCUUGUCAUUGCACAAAUUUUGUUUAGUCAGAAAAACCGUUCCUGAAAAUGGAAGUGUGUGGUAAAUGUGUUUCUUCAACUCAAGGGACUUACAUCAGGAUGUAGCAUAUUGUAAAUAUUUCAGCCCAAUCUUUUGAAGUUCUUUUUUUUUUUUUUUUUAAUUUGUGUUUCUCUUUUCCAUCCUUGAUAAUCUAGCAGUCUCUUAUGUUUUUCACCUAACCUAAGGCAAUGCCCUUGGCUUUUAAAAUGCCUCUUGAUGUAUUUAACAAAUAUUAAACAAAUGUAGUUGUUUUAUAUGAUAAAAAAAAAGUAAAAUGUUGUUAAUGGUGACAUCAUGUAUGUGUCUGUCCUCGAAUGGAUCAUAAGUAAGAACUGAUGGAAAUGCAAAGGUGCGUUACUAUUUCAGCACAAUUUUGUAAGCUCCAAAGAGAUCAACAGAAACUCUUAUAAAAGAAAAGCAAAAAGUGUUGACCCCACAAAUACAAAAACCUUAAGAUAGCUUUAGUGAUCAUUGUUUAAAAACGUUUCUGUGAUUGGUCACAUACUUGGGAUAUCUGACAUCUGCAUGCUUCACCCUUUCACUCAUUAGGAAUUUUCCUUACCAUCUGCCAUACAAUUCUUAGAAUGUUAGUUCAGAGAAUUUGGUAUAUUAUAACUAAUA